CCCGAAGUUUGAGGGGUGUGGACGGUUUGUGACCCCUCUCCAUCAUCGACUGAGAGAUCUGGGCUUGAGCUCUGCGGCCUGGACCCGGUAGCCCUUUGGCUUCUGGGCUCAUGGACUUCACUCCAUUGCCGCGAAAAUAAGACCGCCCAGACGCGGAGUCUGCCUCAGAAAAGGCAGGGUCCGGGACCCCUCCUUACCGUGGUCAGGGUGGCUCACAGGCUGAGGAGAAAGCAAAGGCCUCCGAGGCAGAAGACUUGGGAUCCUACCCGGCCCUUCCCCACGACAGUUCCCUGUGUCUGUGCCAGUCGUUCUCGUCUCUCUCCGCCGCAGUUUCCUUUUCUGUAAACCACGGUUAAUGGCAUUAACCUUCUUACUGUCGGGGGUUAAUUGUGGGAGUGAUACAUAAUUCCUACCAUUUGUUUAUUGAACAUUUGCAAUGUGCCAGGCACUGUGCUGAUUAUUUUGCUUCAAUGAUUUCACGUCAUCUUCAAAACAACCUUAUGAGCGUGGACCCAGUCAGCAGCCAGACCAUGGAGCUCCCUGAUGUCACCCUCAUUGAGGGUGUGGGUAAUGAGGUGAUGGUGGUGGCAGGUGUGGUGGUGCUGAUUCUAGCCUUGGUCCUAGCUUGGCUCUCUACCUACGUAGCAGACAGCGGUAGCAACCAGCUCCUGGGCACUAUUGUGUCAGCAGGCGACACAUCCGUCCUUCACCUAGGGCAUGUGGACCAGCUGGUGGCAGGCCAGAACACCUCAGAGCCUACCGAACUUCCCCAUCCAUCAGAGGGUAAUGAUGAGAAGACUGAAGAGACUGGCGAAGGUGGAGGAGACUCCACAGGGGAACCUGUUGCUGGGGGUGGUGUGGAGUCCAGUCUUGAGCAUCUCCUUGACAUCCAAGGCCUGUCCAAAAGACAAGUGGGCACAGAGAACAGCAGUCCAGAAGCCCUGCUGAGAUCUGAGGAUAGCACCUGCCUUUCUCCCAGCCCCAGCUUCAUCAACGUUCGGCUUAAGUUCCUCAAUGAUACUGAGGAGCUGGCUGUGGCCAGGCCAGAGGACACUGUGGGUGCCCUGAAGAGCAAAUAUUUCCCUGGACAGGAGAGCCAAAUGAAAUUGAUCUACCAGGGCCGCCUGCUACAAGAUCCAGCACGCACACUGCGUUCUCUGAACAUUACUGACAACUGUGUGAUUCACUGCCACCGUUCACCCCCAGGGGCACCUGGUACAGGCCCCUCAACUUCUCUGGCACCCUCGGCCACUGAGCCACCCAGCCUUGGCAUCAGUGUGGGCAGUCUCAUGGUGCCCGUGUUUGUAGUGCUUUUGGGUGUAGUCUGGUACUUCCGGAUCAAUUACCGUCAGUUUUUCACAGCACCUGCUACUGUCUCCCUGGUGGGUGUCACAGUCUUCUUCAGCUUCCUCAUAUUUGGGAUGUAUGGACGAUAAGGACAUAGGGAGAAAAUGAAAGGCAUGGUCUUCCUCCUCUAUGGCCUCCCCACUUUCCUGGCCAGAGCUGGGCCCAAGGGCCUGGGAGGGAGGGGUGGAAAGGAUGUGGUGGGCACCCCAUCCAUAAGACACAGGAGGCAGGUGUGGGGCCUCCCCUUAUGUCCACAGGGGUACAGACAUUCCCCCCUGUGCAAGCACAACUCAGGUAGAAACAAGGAUGUCACCUUCAUAUACUUUUAGAAUCCUGAAGGAACUCAGAGCCAAAGGCCAAGCUGAAUGGAAAGGCUAGGCUUUGAGUCCCUCCCAGCUGUGGCCCUAGCCCUUCCCUGUAUCUUGCAUGUCUAUCCCUCAGCACCCAAGGCCACUGCCAGGGCAGCUCAGCAUGACCCCUGGCAUACUUCUGUAGGGAUCCUGGAGUAUCCUUUCAUUCCUUAGUCAAGUGUCUUUUGAGACAGGGAUGAAGGUUGUGCCAGCUCACCCUACAGGCACCUAGCUGCUUCCACCUCCUCCCUCUACCCCUGUAGCAGGAAUAGGGUGUUCCCCCUUUUUUUCAAAGCACUUUUUUUUUUUCCUUUUUUUUUUUUUUUAAGAGUCUUCUACAGAGCUCAGUCAGGAAGGGGGUUGGGGCACAAGGCCAAGCCCCUAGCAUUGGGAGAGGCUAGGCCACAGCUGCUGCUACCCUAGGCCUAAGGCUGUAAGCAAGACAGCACUGGCUUUCAGCCAGCAUCCUACCCUGACUUCCAAGGACGAAUUCUGGGUAUGCUUCACUCAGCCCUGGGCCCUUGCCUCUGGGACACUUGGACGGAGGGUUAGUGUCUAACUAAAUAAAAGUUCCAUUUUGUGGCUAUGGA